GAUGGCUUACCAGCUCUAAAAAGCAAGUCAUUCCGGCAUUUGCAAUUGUCACUGGAUUUAUUUGUGUUAAAAGGAAUAAAAACUAUAUUUCAAGAUGUUUCUCACACGCUCCGAAUACGACAGAGGUGUAAAUACCUUCUCACCGGAGGGCCGACUCUUUCAGGUAGAAUAUGCUAUUGAAGCAAUUAAACUUGGAUCCACAGCAAUUGGCAUUUCCACAUCAGAAGGUGUUGUUUUGGCUGUGGAGAAGCGCAUCACCUCAUCGCUAAUGGUGCCCAGCACUGUGGAGAAAAUUGUGGAAGUGGAUAAGCAUAUUGGUUGUGCCACCUCUGGUUUGAUGGCCGAUGCCCGCACUUUGAUCGAGCGGGCUCGUGUCGAGUGCCAGAAUCAUUGGUUUGUCUACAAUGAACGCAUGUCCAUCGAGUCUUGCGCUCAGGCUGUUUCCACCUUGGCCAUACAGUUUGGUGAUAGCAGCGAUGGCGAUGGCGGUGCAGCCGCUAUGAGUCGUCCAUUCGGUGUGGCCAUACUCUUUGCUGGCGUUGAGGAUGGCAAACCUCAACUCUGGCACAUGGAUCCAUCGGGCACAUAUGUACGACACUCAGCUAAGGCGAUUGGUUCCGGCUGUGAGGGUGCCCAACAGAAUUUGAAGGACAAAUAUACACCAGAAAUUUCUCUCAGUGAUGCCAUUGAUCUGGCCCUGGACACACUCAAACAGGUUAUGGAAGAGAAAUUGAAUUCGACCAGUGUCGAAGUGAUGACCAUGACACCCCAAAAGGAAUUCUACAUGUUCACAAAAGAAGAAGUCGAGGAGCACAUUAACAAAUUGGCGUAAAAAAUUAGUUUUUCCUACAUAUAUAUAUUUUGAUUUAAUAAAAGGAUUAUAAAUCGAUGGAAA